AUGCUGAGCUGCGUGGCGCUACACGAAUCGUACUCUACUAGAUCUAGCAGCAUCGAAGUUAGAUUGGAUGUUAUGUUUGUUCCAGAAACUCGUUUGGUUGGCAUCCCAACCACUGACAUAGAAGACCUGAAAGACUCUAUAGCAAUUAGAUGCGUCGUAAGCGCGAAUCCCAAAGCUUCGGUUGUAUGGCGACGAGAAGGCCAAAAUCAACCAGCGAGUUUGCAAGAGCUUUUGCAAUUCAGUCCGGCCAUAAGACAGCACUCUGGAUUGUACACCUGCCAUGCCAGGAAUAAAGCCGGCGAUUCCGUGCCGAUACGAGUCCAUAUUGAUGUUAAAUAUCGUCCAAAAGUGAUUAGCGUUGGACGAGAACGCGUCAAAACCUCCACCCUAUUCGCCCCUGUCACUUUCGAAUGUCUGGGCGAAGGCAACCCACCGCCGACCUACCAGUGGAUCCAGACAAAAACGUCGCAACAAUCGGAUAGCGUCGUCGAGCGCGGCAGAGGGGCCAAGCUACACAUCAGAAACGUCACUUACGUGUAUCAAGGAGAAUGGAAGUGCAAGGUUACGAAUGUUAUUAAAGGAGAGGAACAGAGUGAUAUCAGUGAGCCUAUUAUACUUCAAGUAUAUGGUGCUCCCCAAGUGUUGCGACACACAGCAACCUCGGAAAUCUUUAUCGAAAGUGGACAAACCGCGGAUCUCAGCGUGGUCGUUUGCGCUGAUCCCAGACCGAGAUUGGUUGCCUGGGAAUGGGGCUCGCUCAGACUGAAAGCCGGCAAUGAGAUGGGAAAAUUCAAAGUGGACGACGUAAUUCAAGAAGAGGGAGAAGACUGCUAUUUAACCAGACUCCACGUCAGAGAUACUUCAGCGAAAGACUCGAGGACUUAUUAUUUGCUCGUGGAAAACGACAAGGGCAAGGAUACGCAUGCCGUUCAAUUAUACGUGAAUGAGCCACUACAAAUGACCACUCUGGUGAGCGUGGUCGGUGCCCUAUUAGUCGGUUGCCUCGUGCUGGUUUGCGUCUGCAUUUACGCAAUCAGAGCGGGAAAAUGUUGCUUUUCAAGAAAGAGCGACUUCAAGCCAUCGGACAUUCACGACCAAAAGCUUGACAUAGAAAAAACCGCUCACCACCAUCAGCUGACCAACAACCAAAACUCGCAUCCGCCGUCACUUGGGCCGGGCGGCAUUCAUGCCGACGCCAUCUACACGACAGGUCCCAGAGGCGGCACCCACCCAGACGCCAUGAAGACCACCCCAGUUCUGAGCAGCUUCUCAAACCACCUCAAUUAAUUUUGAGACAACUUAAAAUUGCAUCGGAGCUAUGGAUUCGUUUUGGGGUGCAGCCAACCGAACAGCAUCACACGCUUCUCUCAUCCUUCUUCAUCCUUUUUGUUUUUUGAAU